GCCCGGCUUUUUAUGUUCGUGGGUGUCCAUCUCCAAAAUUUAAAUUUUUCAGUAAUUAGAACCAAUUAAAGGCAAUUUUAAUGAUAAUUACCUACAUGAACGGCUGAAACGCGUCUUACCAGUGGAGAAUAAUUGCUUACUCGUUUAAAGGUGAUCAAAGGGAGUGUCCAUGAAAAAGAUGUAAAAAAUCAAUAAAAUUUCACUGGACCUUCCAUUGAAAGAGGUGAUAUUUUGCCCUAGAUGGUUCGCGUGAUCACCGUUCACAACUUUGUAAACCAACACGUGCAAGUAGUCGAGCAGCCGACCGCCAGCACGGUCGCUCCACCGGACCGUCUACUUCUGGCACUCAACAGUCACUGUGUCGAAGUACGCGACCUGAAAUGCGAAUCAAACUUACUCUUUACGUUCCCGACGGUCGACCAAGUGAGGCAACUUCUGCACUGUCUUAACGGCAACUACGUCGCGACGCUCGAGUCGAAAGUAAACAGACAAAACCGCCAGAUCAAUUAUGCACGUGUGUACGUCAACUGGGAUAGUAUCGCGACGCUGCAGCAGUCGAAGAUGACGAGCAGCGGGGCCAGCUUGGACUCGUCCGAGUGCGGCAUGGUGCAGCCGAUGCGAGCCCGAAUCGCGGGUCGCGUUACGCCGACAACGAACCAAUCGGAACUGAGCAAUCUCGAGAUGAUCGAGAUACCGGCGAAGGGCAAUCCGUGUAAUGUCGCCUGCUGCCAGAUUUCGGGCAAUCUCCUGGUGCAGGCCGGUAAAACGCUGUUCGUGUACGGAUUUCAGGUGAAGACGCACGAUAUUUCCAAGCUGAGAUUUUUGGACUUCGAAGAGCUACCGCUCCACGUCGAGCUGGCCUUCGUACCGCUGAAGAUUACACUCUGCGAGAACUAUAUCGCUUGCCUGAAUCGAAAUAAUAUACAUAUGUUUAAGGUGAUUUGGAAGUUAAGCGCACCAGAGAGGAGCAAGGAGCCAGAUAAAUGUGAUAUUAAUUUUAAGGUACCAAAAGAUAAUGUUACAAUAGAUUAUAAGGAAUUAUUAAGGCGCGAGCGAAUAAAUAAAAAAGAGGAGAAGAUUACCGUUAAUUUACCGAGCAUCGUUAAAAGUAACAGUCUAAUUCACAAGCACAGUCCCUUUACCUUUAUCGAUAAGGAAAUGAACGCACUUGUCAAACUGAACCACCCCCUGGAGGAUAAAACGCAUAAAUACGAGUUGGUACACCUGAUACAGCUACGACUGAAGCCGAUCAUUAUCGAAAACACGCGAUCGCAGGUGGUGGAGGAAUUCAAGUGUUUGGUUUUGCAUCCGCUGUACUGCGAGGGGAGCAAGUGUGCGGACGGUGGCGUUCCGCGCGUUCUCAGGAGCGGGUUCAGGGGCUGCUUGAAGGAGGUGGUUUGCGUGAUUACGACCUUGCAGGAGGGUUACCUGUUUCAGUUCUGCGAUGCCGAGUCGGAUACGAACUUGGACAAUUGCAUUUCGGUGUACCCGUUCAUGGGGCCCGUCUACAGCGUUGCCUUAGAAGGGCACCUGCUGCACGCGCUCACCGAGACGGGUCUGGAGACGUACACGGUUCGGGUCGGUCAUCAACUGUGCAGGUCUGUGGAGGAGACGGACUCGAUUAGUAAUGUUUGUCCUCCCAAAGAGCAGUUGCUGUGUCUGAUCGGGCAUCGGCAGUUCAUCGGGAUCGAGCAAAUGCUCAUCACCGACAACUACCUGGUGCUACUGGCAAACGGCGAUAAUUCGCCGACUCACUCAAUCGGCUCGAACAGCAGCUCUAAUACGUCGACGUGGACGCUGUACGCGUUGGAGCUGCCGACACCGAAGAUGAUCUUCACCGAUAUCGCGAUUGCGGCGAACGCACACAGAUUCUCCGCGCCGCAGACCUACUGCCAUCUGAUGAGCGAAGCGCACAUGAUUCUACGAUUAACUCUGCACGUGCUGAAAUGGGCGAUUCGCGAGGGGAACGUCUGCUCUCUAAUACCCGUGAAAAGCAACACCGAGGAGCUUCUCGACGCCUACCACACCUCCUGCUGUUUACUCGGCGAUCACUUCGUUAUAAACGAGUGCAACUACCAGCUGUGCUUGCCGUACUACAAAAUGGCCGGAAUAGUCCCGCACGAGGUCCUCAAACGGUUCAGGCGAGUCCAGGAGGAGUCGAACGCGGAGGAGAUGCGAGGCAUCAUUUACUAUCUUAAGCUGGUGCUGAGAGAGCCCCGACUGAAAGCUCCCGAUAAUCUCUCGGAGACCGCCUGGAAGCAGUCGUUCAUCGAGGACGUGCUGCAGAUCUUCCACAAGCAGGCGUACCUCGACUUGAGCUACCUGAUCAUAAAAAACGGAAUUCUUCGCGAGUACUGCACGCACAAGCUUAUCGGCGUCUUGCGAGACCAGUCCUUUGACGACCCCUACCGGGAGACCGAGCGCUUACUCGCCUUGGGUCUCUUGCACAUGCAAGAGUACAACCUAGACAAAGCGAAAGUGGUGCUGAGCCAAAUUAUUGGCGGUGAUAUCCUGCUGGCGUUACUAGAAGAGAAUUGGCACCUACUGUUUGAAAGACUCUCGAAACACAAGCGUUCGUUCGUCUUCUCGGAGUUCGCCGUAAUCCUAAUGAUAACCCAUUGUGAUAUUCUAAGCAAUACCUUUAACUUUUUGAUUAAGAACGAGAAGGUGACGCUGCACGACACGCUGCUGAUGUUCAUGGAGUACUUGCAAUUGAAUAUGGGCUCGGAAGGUCUCGCCGCCGCCAAGGUCAUGCGAACCAUGCUCGAGGACUAUUUCAAGUUUUACUUCUCGCACUACGAGUCCAACAAUAUCGGGCAGUUUUCGUCGAUCGCCCCCAGCUCGUUACAGUUGGCGAUGACCGUGUUGGUACGGUCGUAUUUGUCGCAAUUGCAGGUUUUCCAGCUGAAGGAGGCGAACAAUCCGCAAAUCCAGGAAAAGAUAUGCGCGAAUGAUACCGACGAGGAGAAGAAAGCAGACGAAUCGCCCUUAUUUCCGAACGGCGUUCCCAAGCGAAACGCCAAGAGUUACCUAUUCGCCGGCCAGCGCUACGAGUAUUUGGACAAGAUGCCCCCGUUCCAAAUCGAGAUAACGUCCAAGCUGUACGAGAAGUGCGUCGAAAAUUACGUCGCCGUUGACACGUUCGCGCCGAACGAGGAGGCAGACCUCAUCUUGCAAAAGCUUCAGGCGCUGUUGUGUAGCGGAGUGCUGCCGGAGGAGGCGAUCGUGGAAGCGAAAACCUUCCUCUCGGUGAACAACACCUUGAGGGGUUACACGAGCUUGAUGUCAAUUUUGAUUAACAAGAACGACGUUGUCAAUUACCUACUGAACUCAUGCCCGCAGUGCUUGUUGCAGUACGGAAAAGAUUGCUUCACGAACGACGAGGAUUGGCAGACGCUGGUGACGAGUACUCAAACGAAAAUAAUUCACUUGUCUGUCGACGAAGAUCUAAACCGCAUAUGCUUUUACUACAAGAAGAUCCUUAAAGAUGUUUUGACACAUUUGGCAACGACGCUAUCCGUAGAAGACUUCCAAAAGGUGCUUCCACAUCGCCGGAUCGAUAAUGAAGAUCACGAGGAGAACAUUAGGGAUGAAAUAUACAGCUACGACACGUACCUAACAAUCUGCAAGGAAACGACGCAGGCCAAUCAAAUCAAAAAAUUGAUAACCACGACGGGACACCAACUACUACGCACUCUAAACUUGUAAAAAAGCAGACGGACAAACUUUGGGCCAAUUUCAUGCAGUACCGAAAAGACUGACCAACAUUUUACUUUAAUCCCAAUAUUCCAAAAUUUCAACUUAUACCUUUCAAUUUUUAGCACUUUUAGCCGUGGAAUCGUCUGUGCGUCUCACAAAAAAAGAACGUUCCUUUAUAUGUAAUCGAAAUUAUUUUCGUCGAUGUUUUUAACAAAUAAAUUUUAUUACUGUUACUUUUCAGAUUUAAAUUUGUUUAUAUACCUGUUGAUAUGUGUAACUGUCGAUGUUUUUAAUAAAUUUCUGAUAGCACA